AUGCUUGGAAUGUUGGGUCUGCAUUUUAGAGAGGUUCCAGAACAGUCCUACAGCAGUCCAAGAACGGUCCUACAGCAGUCCAUGGGACUACUUUCUGGUAAUGCUUGGGUGUCAGGAAAUGACGUUAUCAAUCAAUUGACAAAGCGAUUUGACUCAUCUCUGUAUGUGUCCAUAACUCAAGAAGAUGACUCAACAAAGUAUGAAUUGUAUUAUCGGUUCUCUGUUGCUGAUGAAAGUGAUAAAUACUUCCUCUAUCUCGAAGGACCCGCAACAGGCACAUUAGGUGACAGAAUGUUAAAUACAGGGCGUGCUCGAUUAAACCUAUCUGGGGCGUACUUUAGUACUCCUGAUAGAGACAAUGACAAUUCAGUUGCUCACUGUGGAAGUGGUAAUAAAGGAGGGUGGUGGUAUAACGACUGCCAUAACGCCUUCCUCAAUGGUCGUUGGGAAGCAAUGAAGGUGUGUGAGAAUAAUGAUUGUCAGAGUGGAACCUGUUUAGUAGACAGUUGUAACAAACGAGGGUACAGGUGCAGCUGUUUUCCUGGUUAUAGCGGGGACAAUUGUGAAGUGAAUCUAGUCUUUGAAUCACCCGUGCUGCGUUAUGUCAAAGCUGAUGACGUCAUAUUUGACGAACGACUUUCUUCUAUUACUAGACUGUACUGCUAUCAAGAUUGUAAGGAUAUCUUUGACAUUGGGAAUGAUCAAUCAGGCGUGUACACAAUCUAUCCUAAUGGCACCAUUUUAAAUCCCGUCAGCGCCCUGUGUGACAUGGAAACACAGGGUGGGGGCUGGACAGUAAAUAUCCUUUACAAAUUCGGAAGAGCUCGUCUUUUAAAGGUUAUCCAGAAAAGAAAUCGAGAUGAAAACCUUAGCUUUGAAAGAACAUGGGAGGAAUAUAAAAACGGUUUCGGAACACCAACAGGGGACACCAGGAUAGGAAAUGACGUGAUCAAUCAAUUGACAAAGGGAAAUGACUCAUCUCUCUAUGUGUCCAUCACUCUAGCCACGACGUUUUAUGAAAUGUAUGAUCGGUUCUCUGUUUCUGAUGAAACUGAUAAAUACAGACUCUUUCUGUCCGGUCCUGCAACAGGCACAUUAGGUGACAGAAUGUUAGAUACAGGGAACGCUCAAUUUGACCUAUCUGGUAUGUACUUUAGUACUCCAGAUAGAAACAAUGACAAUUCGAGUGGUGACUGUGGACGUGAUAAUGGAGGGGGGUGGUGGUAUAACGACUGCCAUAGAGCCUUCCAAAAUGGCGUUUGAGGUGUUUCUUGGUCUAAUCCAUGGUAUCCGCCAAUUCAGAAUGGGCUAAGUUUAUUAGCUACUACGAUGAUGGUCAAACGUGUGUAGAGACAAAACAGUUGUUUAUACUUAGUGGUACAGAUGUGAGGGGAGCAAAGCUGCCCAUUUAAUUUGUAAAACAUUUUUAAGUGAU